AUGGCAGGAGGCCGCGAUAGGGUCGUUUGGCUCGGCGUUUUGCUCGCGGGGGCAGCGAAUCUGAGCAAAACGCGGGCCGCAGUUGUUUUCACACAGCUGCAACAAACAGACAACCAGCUUCCCUGCAACAACUUCCCUGCAGCAGCUUCUUGGAAGAGCGCAGCUACAACUAAAAAGCUAAGAAGCUGCAGCUGUCCCCAAACAGACCCUACAAAGCCAAACAAGGCCUUUAAAAUUCUUGUUGGCUUUACUCGCAUUCCCGACUUAUCAACAGAAUUCGAAUACGAAACUUUCCCUCGCGACUGUUUUUUCUCUCUAUACCCUUCUCAUCUUCUUCCGGCGGCCAAUCUCCGCCAUGGUCGAGUUCCCCCGCCGCUUGGAGCAGCUCUCAUAUCUCACCUCGCUCCUUGGCCGACCCCCUCCUUUCCCUGGCUCACUUCCAUCCGCCGGGCCUUGGCUGAGUACAGAAGGAACCCUGAGGAGUGUGGGGAUAGUCUCAGGAUCUUACUUGAGAACUGUAUCUCAUGCUUCUCCGACGAUGAGCACUACCGGAACGACGCCAGAUUUGUCAAGAUCUGCAUCCUUUAUGGGGACGUGAUUCAAGACUUUAAGAGGAUUUUUGAGAUGAUGGAGGAGAAGGGGAUCUGCCAGGGGCUAUCGAUUCUGUUCGAGGCGUAUGCAGCUUUUCUUAUAGCGAAAGGAGAUUUGCUGGAAGCAAACAAAGUCUACAGACUCGGAAUUUCGAGAAAUGCACAGCCUGUAGAGAGGUUGAAGAGGAUGCAUGCCUUAUUCCUGAAACAUGUGGAGGAAAUUAUUCGGAAUGCUGCUCCUGAACCCCAGGCUGACAAAAUUGUGAAUGAAAGGCAGGAACAGUUAUGUGUAGAUCCUUGGUCUACUUCUAUAACUGAAAGCUUCCUAAAAGAAAAGGAAACCUACUUAAAAAAAUAUGAUGGUUAUCAUUGUAUUAACAAGAUCUACUCAGGAAAAGCAUCCUUAUCAUCUUUACAGAACUCUUCGAGGAAUAAAACACUUGAGCUGGGUUGCAGAAAGUACCAAAUCAAAGGUUGCUCGGGUCAAGGUAGGUUUGCUCAAGUAUAUAAAGCUUAUGUUGAUGGCAACGCUGAUGAUGUUGUUGCCCUAAAGAUUCAAAGGCCUGCUUUUCCUUGGGAGUUCUACAUGUAUCGUCAGCUUGAUGAGCGCAUUCACUCUGAGCAAAGGUCAAGCUUUGGCCUUGCCCAUAGGGUACAUAUCUAUGCUGAUUCAAGCAUUUUGGUGACAGACUACUUGUCACAUGGAACUCUUCAGGAUGCUAUAAAUUCACAUUUGGUUACACAAAAGCUCAUGGAAGAAGUACUAUGCAUCCACUACACGAUAGAAAUGCUUCGCAUGUUGGAGACUUUGCAUAGUGUCGGUAUAAUUCAUGGCGAUUUUAAACCAGACAAUUUACUUGUCCGUUAUGCUAGGGAAGAAUUAAAGGCAGAUGGAUUCAGUACUAGAACUGGAAAUUGGGCUGAUCAGGGUUUAUGCCUUGUUGAUUGGGGAAGGGGUAUUGACCUGAACCUAUUCCCUCCCGGAACUAAGUUUACCGGCGACUGCCGGACUUCUGGCUUCAGCUGUGUGGAAAUGCAGGAAAAUAAACCCUGGACGUAUCAGGUUGAUACCUAUGGCCUUUGUGUCAUCGUUCACAUGAUGCUUCAUGGAUCAUACAUGACCCUCGAGAAAAAGGCGAAUCCAGACGGAAGUUUUCAUUAUCAGCCUAAGAAACCCUUCAAAAGGUAUUGGAAAACUGAAUUAUGGAGUAAUCUCUUCUCCACUCUUCUUAACAAUCGCUCGAACGAAAGCGAUGUAGAGUUGCUGCAGUGUUUGAGGAAGUCUUUUGAGGAUUCUAUGUGCAGCAAUCAACAGCUAAUAAGCCAGUUGAAGCAUCUGUUAGCCAGGCAGAAGUCAUCUUUGUGUUUAACUUGAUGUGAUUUAUUAAGAAUGGACUAUUACAGGUCAUUUAAAGCAUGUUUUUGUUAUAUAAGUGUUAUGUUUAAUAGGCUUUAGAAUGCAUUUGAAUUCCAUGAACAUUAUUUGUCCAAAGUACUGAAAAUGAGAAUUUUAGUGGUUUUGAUGUGCUGCUAGUGAUUUUGUUGAUUCUCUAUGAAUGUUGUACUGAAAGAACUUUUCAGGAAAGCGUUGCCUGCGAAAUAUUCCUAUUUUGUGCUUGUAGAGGGAUGCUUUUUUUUUUUUUUAAUUUAUUCCAUGCUUGUUCAAUGAUAAGAUAUGGGCUCUUUGGGAUCACUUAUGAUUUUGUUUUUUGUUUUUUAUUUUUAUUUUUAUUUUG